ACCAGACGCUUCAACUUAUCUCUCUCUCUCUCUCUCUCACUCAACAAAAACCCUAACCGUCUCAUUUCUCCAUCACCAUGGCUACUACCACCGCUACCUCAGACGCCGGCGAAGGACCAGUGAUGGCCCUCAUCAACAAACGCCUCCGCGCCCUCCGCAAGAAACUCAACAGAAUCACCCAAAUGGAAGAAUCGAUCUCCCAGGGCAAAACCCUAAACAAGGAGCAGCAAGAAGUCCUCCGCUCCAAACCCUCCGUCGUCGUCCUCAUCGAGGAGCUCGACAAGCUCCGCGCUCCCCUCUCCGCCGCCGUCUCCGAAGAAAUCGCCCUCGCCACUCACCACACUUCCUCCGAUCAAACAACCGCCGUGGCUCCGGAGGAGGAGAAGGAAGUCCAAAAGCUGGAGGAUUUGGUGAAUCUGUUGUACUUUGGCUCGCUCUUCGAGGUGAAGUCGCAGAGCGAGCUGGCGUCGAUUAUGAUGACGAGGACGCACGAGAGAGGGUGCUGUUUGGUGUACGAUACUGUUACGGAUGAGUCCACGGAUCUGUUGUGUGAUAAAGAUCUGGACUUGAUCUCGCGCCUUUGGGGGAUGAUGGUCUCUAGGCCUGCUGAUUCGAGUUUGUCUCAUAAGAAUGCGUUGGAGCGUUGCGUUGAGCAUGCGAAGCUGUGGUUAGCGAACUCGGAUCAGCCGAUUGAGUCUAACUGUGAUGUUUCGUAUGCUGUGUUGAGAGAGAAAGUGAAGAAGAUUAUGGGUUCUAAUUACUUUACGAUUACACCGGAGAUGGUAGUGGCACCGGUUGAAGCAGCGGCUGAAGCUGGUAGCUACGGUUCUUUCCAAGUAGCUGCUGACAGUGAGCAAAAGGAAGAAGACGCAUCAAACUUUAAAGAACAAGAAUCUUAUGUUAAUGAUCAAUCUGAGCAGCCAAAGGAUGAGUCAGUAGUGACGGAAGGAGAGGUGGUUCAAGGACAGCAGGAACAAGGCUAUACUCAGGUGGAAGGAGGGAGGUCAAAGAGAGAUUACCAGCAGCAACAGUAUGUGCCACGAGGAUCCCACCAGAACCAGAGAGGUCAUAGAGGUGCUAGAAGAGGUUAUUCCAAUGCCCCCCGGGGAGGUCGAGGUGGUGGUGGUGGAUACUCAAACGGGCGGUAUGAAUCUUAUGAUAAUUCAGGUGGAAACGGUUACCAAAGGAGCCACUACAACAACAGAGGAAGGGGACGUGGUGGUGGUGGUGGUGGUGGUGGAGGAAAUGGCCAUUCGUACAACAACAACCACCAAGACUCUAAUGUUAGUGUUGCGUCUUAGCUUUACUGUCUCUUUGUGGCUUUUGAGUGCGUCUCUCUAUGUUUUCCGCUAUAACUCAUAUAUAAGCCGAUCUCGGGUUUGGAACUUUAAUCAAAUGGCGCUCUUUUGUUAUGUAUGAACUUUUGUUCGUCUUUUGUGGCCAUCAAAAUGAUCCGUUCUUCUUUUUCUCU